UCAAUGAAUGUGACCCUCAGUUGUGUCACGGGCCCUAUUCGACGGGGAAAACGUGUGGAUGUUCAUCCAAACAGAAGUAAAUAACAACAAGUGCAUAUUACAAGUGACAAGUCGGAAUCAAUUUCAGUCAUACGAAAAAGGGUUCCGAUUGUAGUUGCAAACUGUUCGUACUUGGAUUUUAAGUGUUUACUUCAUUUCGUCAAUACCACAGCUGAUCGGACGUCAAACUGCUGAAUGACAGGUCUUGAUAUCAACACGCCGUCAACAAGACCCGUCGCCACAACUCACUAAAACACAUAAAUUCAUUCAGUCCAUCAACCAGCAGCCAAGACGAAGUUCCUCAACAACCUCACGCUCAAAUCCCCGGCCAAAAUGCCAAUUCUAACACGUGACCAUUUGGCCAACAAGUUCCGGCAGAACUGGGCCGCCAAGCACCCCCUUGAUUCCUGUAGCGGGGGAGGGGUCAACCUAGAUGACAGCUUGACCAGUCUCAGCUGGCUUCAGAACCUCAACAUCAUGAACAUCACAUCCCCCACUCCACCACCCAGCCCGGGGCCACAAGAUACUUCCAACAGAGCCUUCAAGAACAACAACAACAACAACGUCUGCGUGCUAACCACCGUCCAGCCACCCAAGGUUGACUCCCGUAUCAACCUGGCCGACCCCGCACCGGCCUGCCUCGGGUACGGCACUGACUCCAUCGACUACAAGUCCAACCCAUAUGUGAAACCCCCCUACUCCUACGCUACACUUAUCUGCAUGGCGAUGAAAGAGACGAAGAAGAAUAAGAUCACCCUAUCUGCUAUCUACAACUGGAUCACUGAGAACUUUAUGUACUACAGAAUGGCCGACCCUAGCUGGCAGAAUUCUAUACGCCAUAACCUCUCUCUCAACAAAUGCUUUGAGAAGGUUCCCCGGCGAAAGGACGAGCCAGGGAAAGGUGGUUUCUGGCGGUUAAAUCCCGAGUACAGCGACAUGAUCGAGAAUGGCAUCUUUAAGAAAAGGAGGGGGAGCAGAGAUUCAUGCCCGGCUCCACCCGCCAAGAAGAUCAAGAAGGAGGAAGACCCGUAUAGCUUCUUGCACGAAAACACCAAGAACCAACGCGAAGACAAGUUGCUAAGUAAUGGCUCAGUGAUACAUUUCAGUGCCCAUGAUGAAGAUGAGGAAGAGGACCCUGCGUUAAAGGGGGACUUCAACUGGACCUCUAUAUUGAGUCAGGACAUUGAAAUAGCCGGGAUUAAAAUCAAAACAGAACAGCUGCUUAAUGAUGAUUCCGACGCUGGGCCUUUGAUAGCAAUGAGCCCUCCUAGUUCAGAAAGCAACUCAGACGAUUUAGGUCUGGAUGACUUGUUGUCCCAAACCGACCUUGUCAAUUCGGACUUCCCUCUAGAUUUCACGAACAAUUGUCCACUGGAUUUAACGGUUAGUGGUACAGGAAUCAAAGCGCCCGAUUGGUGGGAGGUCGGGGUCAAUGGUCGCAGCAGUUUGACAGACAUUGCCAACACAAAUGACAGCCGUCUAUCAACACCUGUCCAUCAACCGGGCUAUGAUGACCACAUCAGCUGGGAUGAUGGGCCAAGUGUUGCAGACAUUGCUAGUGCUUUCGACGUUGAUAAUCUGUUUGACAUUGAAAACAUACCAAGUCCUCGGUUAUUAUGAGGUAUCGUUUCAUAGACUACCAUCAGCAUUAUUCACUCUCCACCCAUUGUGUACCCCAAAGCUCAUUGAGGAGAUUACACCAAUACACGAGCCAACGAAGGGCCGACCUGGCUCAAGGAAUGGCUGUGAAACCAGUAUUGUGAUGAUGUCCCAUACAGAGACGUGCCAAACAUGCUUGGAGCUUGUCAGGCGUGAUGCCUAAGAAUGGACAUCGACAUAGGGUAUAUAUUGUACAUAUCAGCCUAUUUAUAUAACAAACCAGUUGUGUGUUUGAUCAUUCUCUGCUCACAGCUUGAGACUGCCUUUUUAUAUUUCAUAACCACGGUGUAGAUUGCAGGCCUCGGUUGUGACCGUGUUAGUUACCUGGCACACCGUCAAACUCUGGACAAAAGUGAAAGUUUAUUUUUUACUUAUUUAUUGGGCAUAUAAGUGCUACACUUUGGCUGUAUCUACAGCCUUAAUGUCUGUUUUAGCCAACUUGUUACAUCAAAAACAAAUAACUGUGCAUUCCAGGGUGCAUUGAUAUGUACAACCGUGUCACUUAUCACGACAUGACGAGUAAUGUAUCACGCAUCUUUGACGUGUGUGUAUUGUUAAAGGAGGCGUUCCAAAGAAACUUUCAAAACAUUGUUUAUACAAACGGUAUAAUCCCGAGGCCUGACUCCCGUGUAGCAUGCACUUGUUAAUUGUUGUACAUUGCAGAUGUCAAUUUCAUUUACAUAUUUAUUUCCUUGUGUUGUGUGAGUGUGAUACUGACAUGCCCAUCACAGAUCCGUCCAUAUUUACCUAUUUAUAUAUCCAACUUGUGAUAUUUUUUUACAAAAAUGAUUUUUUUGCGAGAAUAAAUGCAAAGAUUUAUUAACAUUUAUUGUACAUAUAUUCAAAGUUGAGUCUUGGAAGACGAUAGUUCACAGCAGGUAUAUAUAGCGUCAUGUUCAAGUUCCGUGUUGUGUGCCCUGUUCAAUUCUCAAAGCAAUAGUCAAGUAGCUGUCACUGUCGGAUGACGAACACGUAAUACUUCUGUAAGGGUGACAAACAGUUGCCUCGUUAUAUGUCUAUCAUGUUCCAUUACGCUGAUAAAUAUUUGGAAAACCACACCUCUUGAAUUCCUACCCCCAGUACCUUUGAAUGUGUAUCGAUACUAUACAACAUAGGGGAGCAGAGUAUGUUGUCCCGCAGCACGGCUCUCCCUUCAGCAUGACGUAGUCAACUCCCGUAAACAGAUUGUAUCACUGGAACAGUCCAUAUAUUUUUGGGGUAGGGGGUGGGGUGUCUGGUAUAAUAGAACCUCUGAUAAGACAUGGCGGGCAAGCGAACACGUAGUUUAUUACUGCAAUCUGUCAAGUUGGUUAAACACUUUGAUGAGAUAAAAUACUUGGAACGCCGUCAGUGCUUUGAACAAUUGGCAUGAAUAGGCCAAAAGCAAACGCUAAACAACCUGUUAUAAUUAAAUAAUCUGAUUUGAAAAUAUAACCCUACUUGAUUAAUUUACUCACGUCACUCUUUUAAUUUUGUUUCAAAAUUUCAAAGAUUCUCUAAACUGUAUUGAUCGUAUCGGUAGAAGAAAGCAAAUGUUUUCCUUAAUUUGUCAAGUAUUGUGUUGAAAUGUGGACGUAUUGUAUUCCAGGGAGGUAAUACAAGACGGCCCUAUGGUUACAAAGAAUACCCAUGUAAAUAUUUGGUUUCAAUUGAAACAUUAAGAAUGGUUUGAUCAAUGGAGGUGGGAGGAUAAGUCAAGUUGCUCAAGGAACAGUUUUCACUGUGUACAAAGACCAAAUAUGAACUGGUACAAUGUGAUUAUUCAAGGUGUUAAAAGAUCUUAUAUCGCCAUGUCUCCGAGUCUAGUAUUUGCAGUGAAAUGUAUUCACGGGUGUAUCAUAAAACGUGUCAAUGAGAAUUCCACUUUGAGCGGCCUGUGCGCCGGGAAGGGGCAGGUUCAGACAGGCUGUCAAAGGUAAUGGUACACUUACGUCUCCGACAGUCUUGUGUGUGUUUAUCUGCAGCGCUUAUCGUGUGGCAUUCCCGACGUCUACUAGCAAUCAUGACUAUUCGUUUCACUUAUCAGAGGUGUUAACAUUGAAAUAAGUGAUAAAAUAUGUUUCACCUGAAAGCAAUUAUUAUUCAGGAUUUUAGUGAGAUGCGUACAAUGCUAUGUGUUUAUUUUGCAUAAUUCUUUAAGUGAAAAUGUGUCGAUUUCACUAUUAUUUUGGUUUUGUUGAAAUCGGUUGAUGUUGAAUGAUAUUUUAACAUAAGGAUGCUGUGCAAUGUAUAAUGAUUUUACAUAUUAGGUGAUCACAUAUCUGCACGGUACGCGUACUAGUUCUACAAGGUAUUCACGUGUACACGAUACCAGAGAGCAAUUUAACGGUUGUCGAUAGCCUUUUUUGCUUGCUUAUCAACUUCCUGUCAGUCAUAACGCGUGUCGAAAUACAUUUCAUGGCAUUGCUUCGCUACAGUGUCCGGGGGAGAACUGAAUUGGCUUUGUAUUGUUAAUCUGGGCGUUUGAUCCGCUCUGAGACGUGCAGAGACAAGCCUGGGUUUAGCCUCACAGGUAGCCCUAGGGUACUGACUGAUCGCCGACAGUAAUAGACAUACUGUAUUGAUUAUCAAUAUCUAUAGCUUGGAUAUCGACAACGUCCAUAUCGAGGUUGCUACUGGUGGUCUAUUUAGCUUAUCUUAAAUGGCAUACUUGAUAUUUCAGAUCUUUUUUAAUUAAGUUGCCAAAACACCUUCAUGGCGGCGUUGUUUGUAGCAGUUAGAGCAGCAUUACGCGCUGUGUGUGCUAGAUGUACAUAUGUUAGUGUCAUCGAAAGUAUUGUAUUCAAGUCUGAUCCACAAUCUGUGAUAUUUGUGUGUGAAACUAGACAGUAUUGACGUAUGUAGUCAGGUUGUGUUUCUUUACAACACUCGUAUUUUUAAUAACUUCUUUGAGAGGCAUUUAGACGGUGAAGUCCAAAGGAAGGAUAAGGUUUAUGGAUGAACAACUUCUUUAUUACAAUUAGGAGCGACGUUUACACCGAAACAUCGUUGCUAAUUGUAAUAAAGAAGUUGUUCACCCAUAUAUCUUAUCCUUACGUAGUAUUUUUUAAUACUUUACCCAUUGUACACUUUACAGUAAAGCAUGUAUAAUUCCACUCAUUAUGCCAUUCCAAACAAACCAGUAAAACAUCAUUCCAAAACGUGUGGUGAAAGUAUUGAACCUGUGAUAAUUAUUUCAAAAUCAACUUUCUCCAUUAAAACAUUGCUGAUUAAGUGUGUGCUACGACUGAAACGAAGGCCAGUUGUUUAUGAACCUGCUCAAUUCUUACAUGUGACAUUUGACAAUGUUAAAUAUGGCACGUGUUGAACCUGUUUGUAAUUUCAAGUGAUCUGUUAAACUAGUCACGCGUGGUUUUGAGCACCUCUCAACACGCGUGACUAUUUCACAAUAUGUAGCAUUAUUAUUGUAACCGUGUUUCUUUCACAGCUCGCUUGUCCAUAAGUUCGCAUUUUAAUAUGACAAGAAUAUUAGUGUAUAUAACAUGGUGUCCUUCUUUGUGUGUCACAGGACGAGUGAUAAGAACAUGUUAUCGACUGGUGUAUAUUAUCUCCUGUGAUUCCUGUCAUAUUAGUUUCCAAUCGCAUGAAGCUUGUACAUUUCCGUCAAGACCCGAUCCGGUCCGUAUUAUUAACUACAAAAGCUAUCAUAACCCUAUUGUUAUGAUGAAUAACAUAUCUUCAUUUCAUGACAUUUUAUUGUCACACCUGUCGAAACUGAAAAGUACAUUUCAAAGACUUUUCAUCACAAAAUAUUUAAGAUGUACUUUUCAAACAUUAGCAUACAAAAGUGCAAGCCAUUUACCUAAUCAUACUGAACGCUAUCAUAUUUUUCAAAUGCCCAGCCUGGUUACACAGGGAACCAGGCUGUCAAAUGUCGAGAUAUUGUUGAAGGAUUUCAAACAUUCUCGAGUAUUCUUGCACAGUCAGUAUUUCCGCCCUUGUGACCAGUAUUUGCACAUGUUCCAGGCUAUAUCAUCCGUCCAUAUGUUAUACAUUGUCAGUGUGGUUUACACGAGCUGCUGGCUCGACCUGCGUGAGGUCAUGAUCUGUGAUGUGAACAUGACAAUAAAACAUGAACAAAUACAA